AUAAAUUUUGUGGGCUGAAAAAAGGUAUUAAAAUUAAUGAAUCAGAGGUAAAAGAACUCUUGAGAAAAUUUGGCUGUUCAAUUGCUGGUAGUAAGAUACAUAAUAGUAAAAAUCUGAUUUCUGGUGUGUUAGAACGUCAUGUGAUUGAAACCAUCAUUAAAAAAACCCAAAAUUACUUUAGUAAUGAUAAAGGCAACAAACAAGAUGAUGAACAAGAUGAUGAGAAACAACAAAGUUUGGAGGCGAAAAUG